UCAGAGGAGUAGCUGGUAAGCUUGUGUAUAGUUUGUGUAGACCUGGUCGCGCUUCUCUUUUAUUUUCCAAAUUUUUUGUAAAAGAUGGCUUCUGCAUCCCGAGCCGCUGUUGCCUCUGCAGCAGGCGUUGCACUUUUGGGUGGAGCUGCUUUCGUGUCUACUGCACCUUCUGCACGUACCGGAAACCUGCGGGCCACCGUUUCCGCAGCAACUCCAACCUCUUCUGCAUCCGGAUUGGAGGCGAACAAUGUUGCCUGCAUGGCCGUGGCCAGUGCAGCCGUUGCGACCUGUUUUGCCAGCCGCAAGGCCACUGCUGCAAAUGCAAAGCAUCAGCUGGUGGCUUUGACCGCCUUCGAGAACGAGCUUGGCGUGCAAGCGCCAGUGGGGUUCUGGGACCCGGCAGGGUUUACGGCCGACGGCAGCACUGAGAACUUCGCCCGACGCCGCCAGACGGAGCUGAAACAUGGUCGCAUUUCCAUGCUGGCUACUAUGGGCUAUAUCACCCCGGAGAUCACCGGCAAGUUCCCUGGGUACUUGUCUCCUAGCGCAGGCCUGAAGUUCGCCGAUGUGCCCAACGGCUUGGCUGCGAUUUCCAAAGUUCCGGCAGCAGGGUGGGGUCAAAUCUUGGCUUACAUGGCCUUCUGCGAGGUGUCCCAGGACCAGUCGGCGGGAACACCUGCUGCGGCCGGUGACUUCGGAUUCAAGGUGCUGACUGCCUCUGACCCGGAGGCGAAGAAGACGAAGCUAGCGGCCGAGUUGGCGAACGGAAGGCUUGCGAUGAUGGCCAUCAUCGGCAUGUUUUUCCAGGAUGGUCUCACUGGCAGCGCCUGGGGUGACUGGGCCAACUAUACCGCUUCGCCUUUGCGUGCCUUCGAGAACGAGCUUGGAGUGCAAGCGCCAGUGGGGUUCUGGGACCCGGCAGGGUUUACGGCCGACGGCAGCACUGAGAACUUCGCCCGACGCCGCCAGACGGAGCUGAAACAUGGUCGCAUUUCCAUGCUGGCUACUAUGGGCUAUAUCACCCCGGAGAUCACCGGCAAGUUCCCUGGGUACUUGUCUCCUAGCGCAGGCCUGAAGUUCGCCGAUGUGCCCAACGGCUUGGCUGCGAUUUCCAAAGUUCCGGCAGCAGGGUGGGGUCAAAUCUUGGCUUACAUGGCCUUCUGCGAGGUGUCCCAGGACCAGUCGGCGGGAACACCUGCUGCGGCCGGUGACUUCGGAUUCAAGGUGCUGACUGCCUCUGACCCGGAGGCGAAGAAGACGAAGCUAGCGGCCGAGUUGGCGAACGGAAGGCUUGCGAUGAUGGCCAUCAUCGGCAUGUUUUUCCAGGAUGGUCUCACUGGCAGCGCCUGGGGUGACUGGGCCAACUAUACGGCUUCGCCUUUGCGUGCCUUCGAGAACGAGCUUGGAGUGCAAGCGCCAGUGGGGUUCUGGGACCCGGCAGGGUUUACGGCCGACGGCAGCACUGAGAACUUCGCCCGACGCCGCCAGACGGAGCUGAAACAUGGUCGCAUUUCCAUGCUGGCUACUAUGGGCUAUAUCACCCCGGAGAUCACCGGCAAGUUCCCUGGGUACUUGUCUCCUAGCGCAGGCCUGAAGUUCGCCGAUGUGCCCAACGGCUUGGCUGCGAUUUCCAAAGUUCCGGCAGCAGGGUGGGGUCAAAUCUUGGCUUACAUGGCCUUCUGCGAGGUGUCCCAGGACCAGUCGGCGGGAACACCUGCUGCGGCCGGUGACUUCGGAUUCAAGGUGUUGACUGCCUCUGACCCGGAGGCGAAGAAGACGAAGCUAGCGGCCGAGUUGGCGAACGGAAGGCUUGCGAUGAUGGCCAUCAUCGGCAUGUUUUUCCAGGAUGGUCUCACUGGCAGCGCCUGGGGUGACUGGGCCAACUAUACGGCUUCGCCUUUGCGUGCCUUCGAGAACGAGCUUGGAGUGCAAGCGCCAGUGGGGUUCUGGGACCCGGCAGGGUUUACGGCCGACGGCAGCACUGAGAACUUCGCCCGACGCCGCCAGACGGAGCUGAAACACGGUCGCAUUUCCAUGCUGGCUACUAUGGGCUAUAUCACCCCGGAGAUCACCGGCAAGUUGCCUGGGUACUUGUCUCCUAGCGCAGGCCUGAAGUUCGCCGAUGUGCCCAACGGCUUGGCUGCGAUUUCCAAAGUUCCGGCAGCAGGGUGGGGUCAAAUCUUGGCUUACAUGGCCUUCUGCGAGGUGUCCCAGGACCAGUCGGCGGGAACACCUGCUGCGGCCGGUGACUUCGGAUUCAAGGUGCUGACUGCCUCUGACCCGGAGGCGAAGAAGACGAAGCUAGCGGCCGAGUUGGCGAACGGAAGGCUUGCGAUGAUGGCCAUCAUCGGCAUGUUUUUCCAGGAUGGUCUCACUGGCAGCGCCUGGGGUGACUGGGCCAACUAUACCGCUUCGCCUUUGCGUGCCUUCGAGAACGAGCUUGGAGUGCAAGCGCCAGUGGGGUUCUGGGACCCGGCAGGGUUUACGGCCGACGGCAGCACUGAGAACUUCGCCCGACGCCGCCAGACGGAGCUGAAACAUGGUCGCAUUUCCAUGCUGGCUACUAUGGGCUAUAUCACCCCAGAGAUCACCGGCAAGUUGCCUGGGUACUUGUCUCCUAGCGCAGGCCUGAAGUUCGCCGAUGUGCCCAACGGCUUGGCUGCGAUUUCCAAAGUUCCGGCAGCAGGGUGGGGUCAAAUCUUGGCUUACAUGGCCUUCUGCGAGGUGUCCCAGGACCAGUCGGCGGGAACACCUGCUGCGGCCGGUGACUUCGGAUUCAAGGUGUUGACUGCCUCUGACCCGGAGGCGAAGAAGACGAAGCUAGCGGCCGAGUUGGCGAACGGAAGGCUUGCGAUGAUGGCCAUCAUCGGCAUGUUUUUCCAGGAUGGUCUCACUGGCAGCGCCUGGGGUGACUGGGCCAACUAUACGGCUUCGCCUUUGCGUGCCUUCGAGAACGAGCUUGGAGUGCAAGCGCCAGUGGGGUUCUGGGACCCGGCAGGGUUUACGGCCGACGGCAGCACUGAGAACUUCGCCCGACGCCGCCAGACGGAGCUGAAACAUGGUCGCAUUUCCAUGCUGGCUACUAUGGGCUAUAUCACCCCGGAGAUCACCGGCAAGUUGCCUGGGUACUUGUCUCCUAGCGCAGGCCUGAAGUUCGCCGAUGUGCCCAACGGCUUGGCUGCGAUUUCCAAAGUUCCGGCAGCAGGGUGGGGUCAAAUCUUGGCUUACAUGGCCUUCUGCGAGGUGUCCCAGGACCAGUCGGCGGGAACACCUGCUGCGGCCGGUGACUUCGGAUUCAAGGUGCUGACUGCCUCUGACCCGGAGGCGAAGAAGACGAAGCUAGCGGCCGAGUUGGCGAACGGAAGGCUUGCGAUGAUGGCCAUCAUCGGCAUGUUUUUCCAGGAUGCACAUCGCAGGAUGGCCUGACUGGCAGCGCCUGGGGAGACUGGGCGAACUACACGGCUUCCCCGCUGAGGGGGACGCAAGCUGAGAUGUGAGGCUUUGUGGUGCGUGUGUGAGUGUCUCUGUGUGUACGUGUGUCUGUGUGUGUGUGUGCGUGCACGAGGGUGUACCUUGUCUAUCAGCAGUUUCUUUUUUAUGCAUUUGCAUGCAACGCCCAGAAUCCUUGCAGCCGUCGCAGGCAAUUGGCUUGACAACGCAAGGAUGCAAAGCUCAGGGCAGAAUCACCUUGCAAUUGCCUUGUGGAUGACUCGUGCCUUCGUUUUGUGCGCAACCGGCAGGCCGGGCUUGGUAGUUUUCGAAGUCCCGCGUAGCUGUGGGACUCGAAGGAAUUCGCUGUCGCAAAGUCUUUUGGAUUUGAUAAGUUUGGCCGAUGCCUUUGAGAAGGAUAAGUCACUGAG